UUUUUUUUUUUUUAUUGAUUAUAAUGUAUCCACAUUCAAUAGUAAUAUAGGUCCUGAAACUCAUUUUCAACAUCGUAAUUUAAAUUGACUUUAAUUUAUCAUAUUGAAUUAUUUAAAACCCGCUGUAUUAUUGGCAUAAAAUUUGUGUACGACCACAGCUUUUCAACUAGAUUAUUAUAAUUUUUUUCCGUAAAAUAUUAAAUAACCGAUAUUGCGACGCGACGCUGCGACGGUACGGUGCGCUGGUGUCGGCUGAUGUCGGCUGAUGUCGGCUGAUAUCGGCUGGUGUCGGCUGAUGACGGCUGAUGACGGCUUGUAAUGGCCGGUGUGGCGAUGCGCGGCGGCGGCGCUGUGUGCGUCGCGACGCGUGUCCGGCCUGACGCCUCGCUCGCGCUCCCGUGUGCCGCCGCCCUCCAGACCGCUCACUGAGAUGCUCAACUCUUAUCAACGAUCGUGUGGGCCGUAAAUAUACAACAAGACCCGACACGCGGUUUCCAUCAAUACCUACGUUCCAUUGGAUAGCCGAUCAGAAUGGACGAGAACAAAGCGGAGACGAUGUACCUUCGUGCUGUCCCUGACGACGUCAACGGUGAAGCAAAGGACUCUGCAGCCGAAGAGAACUACGACCCUCACGAACAUAGGCAACUGCCGAAGCCGACCAAUAACAUUGAGACCCUGAUCCACCUGCUGAAAUGUAGCCUGGGCACCGGCAUCCUGGCCAUGCCCCAGGCGUUCGCUCGCGCUGGCCUCGUCACCGGCAUAGUGUUCACGGUGCUCAUCGGAGUCCUGGUCACGCACUGCCUCCACGUGCUCGUGCGGUCGCAGUACGCGGCUUGCAAGCACCUCCGCGUGCCCCUGCUGUCGUACCCGGCCUCCAUGGCGGCCGCGCUGGAGGUCGGCCCGGCUCCCUUCAGGAGGCUAGCCCGUCCCGCCUCUAUCACCGUAGAUAUCUUCCUCGUUGUCUACCAGCUCGGCAUCUGUUGUGUAUACAUCGUAUUCAUCGCGGACAACAUCAAGAAGAUCGUGGAUCCGUUCUACGCGAUGGCGGUGGAACUGCACAUGCUGAUCAUCCUCUGCCCGUUAAUCGUAUUUAACCUGAUCCCUAGUCUAAAACUGCUGGCGCCAUUCUCAGCCGUGGCGAACGUACUCACAUUCAUAGGGCUCGGCAUCGUGGUCUACUACCUGGCGACCGGCAAGAAGUCCCACCAGCCGCUCGACUUGUGGGGCUCGCUAGAAACCUUCCCGCUGUUCUUCGGCACCGUCUUGUUCGCGCUGACGGCGGUCGGUGUGGUUAUAGCUCUGGAGAACAAUAUGAAGACUCCGAAGGCGUUCGGCAGCCCGUGCGGCGUGCUCAACUCGGGCAUGGCGCUGAUCGUGCUCUUGUACGUGACGGUGGGCGCCAUGGGCUACAUCUACUGCGUCUCCAAGUGCUCCGACUCCAUCACUCUCGAUCUUCCUUCCGGGCCGUUGGCGACUAGCGUCAUCGUGAUGUUCGCGGUGGCCAUCUUCAUUAGCUACGGACUGCACUGCUUCGUGCCGGUGGACGUGGUGUGGCGCGGGUACGUGGAGCCCCGCCUCCGAGCCGCGGCCACUCCGCCCGCGCGCCUCGUGCUCGCUGAAUACGUGCUGCGCGUCCUGCUCUGUCUCCUCACAUUCGUGCUGGCCGUGAGCGUGCCCCGCCUGGGACUGUUCAUCUCUCUGUUCGGCGCGCUGUGCCUGUCGGCGCUGGGCAUCUGUUUCCCGGCUAUAAUGGAAGCAUGCGUGAAGUUCCCGCACGAUCUGAAACCGAUCUGGCUGUUGAAGGACGUACUGCUGUUUCUGGUGGGCAUUGUGGGUCUGGUGGCCGGCACGUACACGGCUCUGCAGGCCAUCUUCCGCUCGUUCCAGUCGACGAGCCCGCUCCACGCCUAACAACGUGCGGCCCGCAACUGCGCCUUGUCUCAGUUCGCACGCGCUAUCACCGACUUUAUUGAUACCCCUUAAAGUACUUGAAGGGUUCAAAAUAAAACUGUAGACAUUUAA